AAGGCGCUGCACAACAGGUAGGCUAAUAAAAGAAGAAACCAUAACCUAUGCAUAAUUGAUUUAUCUCUAGCUUAUUUGCAAUUGUUUCAUCAAACUCUCAUUUUAGGAGAGAUGAAAUGGUUGGAUUGGACCGAAACGAAGACCUGGCAAAAUUGGAAAUAGAGUAUGCAACCCCCAUUUGGGUUCCACGUUGAACCCCAUACAGAGUCAAAUGUUGACACGUUUUUCAAAAUAAGAAACAUCAAACACCAUGUGGUGGGGUGCUUCAAUGACUCAUCAACACAGGUCGAAUUAGAAGAAACCAAGUAAAUGUUCCCUGUUAGACUCUUGACCCUCUCUUUUUAUGUAAAGGUCACUUAACCGUUCAAGCUCCGAAGCAAGGUGUAGGUCAUGCACAAGCAUCCCAGCCUUUUUGUGUGUAACACCAACACAACACAUAUCUCUCUGUUAUCGAAUCAACUCCAACCUUUCACUUACCGUGUUAAUUCUCUGUGUUUGCACAAAGAAAAACAAAAUGAAAGGCAAAGUUGGUGAGAGAUUCUCUGAGUUCUUUGAGAAGUGGGCUUGUCAACUGGAUGAGUAUCUACAACUGCUACUGAGGGCAUCAAAACAGAGAGUUAUUGAUACCGUCUGUGAUCAGCGAGAGCUACAAACUUUGGUAUCAAAAGUGACACAGCAUUACAAAGACUACUUCACUAUCAAAUGGUCUUUAGCCCAUGAAGAUGUGCUUGCAUUCUUUUGUCCAAUUUGGGGUAACCCUUUAGAGAAUGCAUAUUCAUGGUUUACUGGAUGGAAACCUUCAACCAUAUUUAAACUCAUUGAUUCAACGAGAAUAAAUCGGGUUCCUGGGUCGAGUCUUGCCGAGCUGACACAGGAACAGCUGGGAAAGAUUGAGGAGCUGAGGGUGAAGAUAAGGUUAGAGGAAGAGAAGGUGGAGAGGGAAAUGGAGAGGCAACAGGUAGCUAUGGCAGACAGGAAGAUGUUCGAGUUGGCAAGGUUGACAGGCCGGGUCAAGGAUAGCGAAACAAUAGCUCAGUUCGACGGGUUGGUGGAGGUGGCAAUGAAGGGACUGAUGGUGGGACUAGAGAAGGUUAUGAAAGCAGCAGACUGUGUUAGGCUGAGGACUUUGAAGGGAGUUUUGGAUGUUUUAAGUCCAUUGCAGUGUGUGGACUUCUUAGCUGCAACUAGUACGCUCCAAAUUCAGCUAAGGCAAUGGGGAAAGAGAAGGGAUAGUAUUAGCAGAAAGGAGUAGUUGUCAAUCUUUUUAGGGUUUUAGGGCUAGCUUUUUUCUGUUUUUCCGUUUCUUUCUGAUAGUU